GCAUCACAUCUAAUUAGGACAGAAUGAAAUAGACCUAAGACAAAGGAAUUCUUUUGGACCUCUUAGAAGCUACCUUGGAGCAGAGAUGGAAGAGCAAAACUCAACUGGCCCUGAAGCAGGAAGAGGCCACAGUGCCAUCAAGCCCAGGAGCUCUGGGGUAUUCUGGAAGGUCCUGGGUGAGGAUACCCUUACUUCAGAUGUGCAGCGGCAGCAGUUCAGAAAUUUCUGCUACCAGGAAGCCAAAGGACCCCGAGAGGUUUGCAACCAACUCCACCAUCUUUGCCGCCAGUGGCUGAAGCCAGAGCAACACACAAAGAAUCAGAUCCUGGACCAGGUGAUCCUGGAGCAGUUCCUGGCUGUCCUCCCCCUGGAGGUGGAGAGAUGGGUGAGGGAAUGUGGGGCAGAGACCAGCUCCCAGGCAGUGGCCCUGGCUGAAGGUUACCUCCUGAGCCAAGCAGAGGACAGGAAGUGGAAACAGCAACAGGGACAGGAUCUGCUUGCAAAAAUGGACACUGAUUUACCUGAGAUGGAGAUGAUUCCAUUGGACAGCAGACAGAGGCCACUAGGUGACUGGAUGAUGCUGGCAGCACCUCCUCAGCCAUCUCCUCUUCACAGUGGAGGGGAAGCAGCUCCUGUGGCGCUGGAACAGAGUCCAGCAUCCUUCGAGGAUGUGGCUGUGCAUUUCACAGAUGAGGAAUGGGCACUGUUGGAUCCAGACCAGAGAGCUCUGCAUACAGAAGUCAUGGAGGAGACCUGUGGGAUCUUUGCCUCUCUUGAUGGUGGAGAAUUGGAAAGCAGAAAUAAGAGAAACUGCUACGAAAUCUAUACAGUGGGGGAGCCAUAUAAAUAUUGGGAGUGUGGAGAGAGCUUCAGUCAGAGCUCCCUUCAAAUAAUUCAUACAGGGGAGAAACAAUUUCAGUGCUUGGAAUGUGGAAAGAACUUCAUUCGGAGCGAUCAUCUCACUUCCCAUCAAAGAAUUCACACAGGUGAGAGACCAUAUCAGUGCUUGGAAUGUGGAAAAAGCUUCAGGUUGAAACAUAAUCUCACUUCCCACCAAAGAAUUCAUACCGGGAGGAAACCGUAUCAGUGCUUAGAAUGUGGAGAGAGCUUCCGCUGGAAGAGAAGUCUCACUUCCCAUCAAGGAAUUCAUACAGGGGAGAAACCAUACGAAUGUUUAGAAUGUGGAAAGAGCUUCAGUCGGAGACACCAUCUCACUUCCCACCAAAUGAUUCACAGUGGGGAGAAGCCCUAUCAGUGCUUGGAAUGUGGGAAAUGCUUCAGCCAGAGUUCACAUCUCACGACCCAUCAAAUAAUUCACAGCAAGGAGAAACCAUUUCACUGCUUGGAAUGUGGAAAGAACUUCAGUCGGAGCAGCCAUCUCAUCCUCCAUCAGAUGAUUCAUACAGGAGAAAAACCAUAUCAGUGCUUGGAAUGUGGGAAGAGCUUCCGCUGGAAGGAAAGCCUCACUUCCCAUCAAAGAAUUCACACCGGGGAGAAGCCAUAUCAGUGCUUGGAAUGUGGAAAGUGCUUCAGUCGGAGCAGCAGUCUCUGUUACCAUCAAAGAAUUCACACAGGGGAGAAGCCAUAUCAGUGUUUGGAGUGUGGGAAGAAUUUCAGUCAGACCUCCCAUCUGUAUUCACAUCAAAGGAUUCACACAGAGGAGAAGCAAUUUCAGUGCUUGGAAUGUGGUAAAACCUUCAACUUUAAGAAAAACCUCACUUCCCAUCAAAGAACUCACACAGGGCAGAAACAGUAUAAAUGCUUGGAAUGUGGAAAGUGCUUCAAAGACAGUGAGAAUCUCAAUUCCCAUCAAAAAAGUCAUACAGGGGAGAAACCAUUAGGACAGACUGAAAUUGACAGAAGACCAAGGAACUCCUUUGGACAUCUUGGAGGCUUUCUUGGGGCACAGAUGGAUGAGCAAAACUCAGCUGGCCCUGAAGCAGGAAAAGGCCACAGUGCCAUCAAACCAGGGAACUCUGGAGUAUUCUGGAAAAACUCAGUGCAGGAGGUCCUGGGUGAGGAUACCCUCAGUUCUGAUGUGCAGCGACAGCAGUUCAGACAUUUCUGCUACCACGAAGCCAAAGGACCCCGAGAGGUUUGCAACCAACUCCACCAUCUUUGCCUCCAGUGGCUGAAGCCAGAGCAACACACAAAGAAUCAGAUGCUUGACCUGGUCAUCCUGGAGCAGUUCCUGGCUGCCCUCCCCCCAGAGAUGCAGAGCUGGGUGAGGGAGUGUGGGGCAGAGACCAGCUCCCAGGCAGUGGCCCUGGCUGAAGGUUUCCUCCUGAGCCAGGCAGAGGACAGGAAGCAGGAACAGCAACAGGGACAGGAUCUGCUUGCAAAAAUGGACACUGAUUUCGCUGAGAUGGAGAUGAUUCCAUUGGACAGCAGACAGAGGCCACUAGGUGACUGGAUAAUGCUGGCAGAACCUCCUCAGCCAUCUCUUCUUCACAGUGGAGGGGAAGCAGCUUCUGUGGCACGGGAUCAGGGUCCAGCAUCCUUCGAGGAUGUGGCUGUGCAUUUCAUGGAUGAGGAAUGGGCAAUGCUGGAUCCUGACCAGAGAGCUCUACAUACGGAAGUCAUGGAGGAGACCUGUGGGAUCCUGGCCUUACUUGAAGGUGGUGAAUUGGAAAGCAAGACUAAGGGGGACUACUACAAAAUCUAUACAGUAGGGGCGCCAUGUAAAUAUUGGGAGUGUGGACAGAGUUUCCACCAGAGCUCCCUUCAAGGAAUUCAUAAAGGGGAGAAACAAUAUCGGUGCUUGGAAUGUGGAAAGACCUUCAGUCGGAGUGACCAUCUCACUUCCCAUCAAAUAAUUCAUACAAGCAACAGACCAUAUCAAUGCCUGGAAUGUGGAAAAAGCUUUAGCUUGAAACAUAAUCUCACUUCCCACCAAAGAAUUCAUACAGGGAGGAAACCAUAUCAGUGCUUGGAGUGUGGGGAGAGCUUCCGCUGGAAGAAAAGUCUCACUUCCCAUCAAGGAAUUCAUACAGGAGAGAAGCCGUAUGAAUGCUUAGAAUGUGGAAAGAGCUUCAUCCAGAAGGAAACUCUCACUUCCCACCUAAAAAUUCAUACAGGGGAGAAACCGUAUCAAUGCUUAGAAUGUGGAAAAUGUUUCAGUCGGAGAGAUCAUCUCACCUCCCACCAAAUGAUUCACAGUGGGGAGAGGCCCUAUCACUGCUUGGAAUGUGGAAAGAACUUCAGUCAGAGUUCACAUCUCAUGACCCAUCAAAGAAUUCACAGCAAGGAGAAACCAUUUCACUGCUUGGAAUGUGGAAAGAGCUUCAGUCGGAGCAGCCAUCUCAUGUCCCAUCAGAUGAUUCAUACAGGAGAGAAACCAUAUCAGUGCUUGGAAUGUGGGAAGAGCUUCCGCUGGAAGGAAAGUCUCACUUCACAUCAAAGAAUUCAUGCAGGAGAGAAACCAUAGAAGCUGUAGAAGCUGGGGGUCAGUGGACCUGGCAGGGCUGCUAAAUAGUAACAGAGGUGUGCUGCAAGUAGUCAUUGACAGCCUCCUCCAUGAAUUUAUCCAAUCCCCUUUUACAAACAUAUGAGUUGAUGGCUUUCAAUACUUCUUGUGGGUAGGGGUGAAUUCCACAGUUUAAAUGUGUCCUUCGUCGGCCUUCCUGCUGUUUUGAACAUCUGUGUGUCCUUGAAGGAAAGGAGGGCAGCUGGUGAGUGGUCGUGGCAGCAUGGUAGUUUUAGGCCUGGGGUGCCAUGGUUACCUCCUGAGAUCCUGCCACCACCAGACAUAUGACUAAACCAGGGAUAAGGGACCUGUGGCCCCCUAGUUCUUGUUGAGCUCCUGCCCACCUAGCAGUUCGAAAGCACGUCAAAGUGCAAGUACAGUCAUACCUUGGGUUAAAUAUACUUCAGGUUGAGUGUUUUCAGGUUAUGCUCCACGGUGACCCGAAGUAACGGAAUGCAUUACUUCCGGGUUUCGCCACUCGCGCAUGCUCACAUACUCAAAAUGACAUCAAGCGCAUGCGCGGAAGUGUCGAAUCGUGACCCGUGCAUGUGCAGACGUGGGUUGUGUUCGCUUCAGGAUGCGAAUGGGGCUCCAGAACGGGUCCCUUUCGCAUCCAGAGGUACCACUGUAGAUAAAUAGGUACCGCUCCAGCGGGAAGGUAAACAGCAUUUCCAUGCGCUGCUCUGGUUCGCCAGAAAUGGCUUAGUCAUGCUGGCCAUAUGACCCGGAAGCUGUCUGUGGACAAACGCCCACUCCCUCGGCCUAUAGAGUGAGAUGAGCGUGCAACCCCAGAGUCGUCCGCGACUGGACCUAAUGGUCAAGGGUACCUUUACCUUUAUGGAUGGAAAUGUGGGGUGGGGGGGAUAGAGGGGGAAGAAAAAUGCAAGACAAUUGAUUUAAUACUCUUGUCUGUCUAAAAAGAGCAGUGUAAGAACAUUAAUUCAGAGGUCUAACAUUACCUGUCUGCUGCUUUGGUUCCCUGGCUUGCACCAGGAAGGCAUCACAGAGGCUCAAACAAAUAUGUGCCCCCACAAGCCCACAUUCCCAGCAUGCGUGCACUCCUGUCUCAGUGACGACUACCCUGGCUUGGUCAUGUCUGCAUAAUAGAAGAUGUCAGGAUCCCCAAGGACAUGCUCUAUGGGGAGCUGGCUUCAGGCACCGGGCCUGUUGGCAGACUAACUCUGUGUUACAGAGACGUCUGCAAACGUGACAUGAAGGCUGGCAACAUUAACCCUGCAUGUGGGAUAGCCUAGAGAUAGUCAGGUUGUGUAUCCACAGCAGUGACCCUAAACCUCCAUCCCAGCCAAAUUCACCCACAAUCCAGUCUACCUCCUAGGGACAAUCUGCAUUGGUACCCCAAAUCUCUAGUUGUAAUCCUCGAUGCUUGGACAUUUUGUCCAACUUUCACAAACACCCUUGGGUCACCUUCCUCUGGUACAGGCUUGUCCAAAGUCUGUUUCAGGGGCCUAAUCCUGCCUGCCGGUUGAUUUAAUCCGGCCCCCGUGGCAGUAUAUGUCCUGGGGUAAAAAAAGCUCAGCAACUUCAAUCCUAAAAAAAAGCUCAGCAACUUUGGUUGGCCCUCAUGCAUGUUCACUUCAUCAAAUCUGGCCCUUUUACACAGGGCAGCCUCUCAGACUAGCUUAGUCCCCAGCUCCCUUCUCCUGAUUUUCCACAUAUUAACAUACAGUGGUGCCUCGCAAGACGAAAAGAAUCCGUUCCGCGAUUCUCUUCGUCUAGCGGUUUUUUCGUCUUGCGAAGCAACCCGCUUAGCGGAUUAGCGCUAUUAAAGGCUUAGCGGCUUAGCUGCUAAAAGGCUAUUAGCGGCUUAGAAAAAGGGGGGGGAGCGGGGGAAAAAAUCGCAAGACUAGCAAGACGUUUCGUAUUGCGAAGCAAGCCCAUAGGGAAAAUCGUCUUGCGAAGCAACUCAAAAACGGAAAACCCUUUCGUCUAGCGGGUUUUCCGUCUUGUGAGGCAUUCGUCUUGCGGGGCACCACUGUAUUGUGUAUUAAUAUUACGGCCUUAGCCAUUCUCCUCAGCUUUUCUCUCUGGUCUAUUCCUCACACUUUCCUUAUAAACUCCCUAUCUCCCAACUGAACUCCCCCCAACUGACUAAAUGCUGAUAGUCAGCUUCCAACUGACAGGAACUUCCAACCAAUCAGAUUCUGCUGACACCCAAACCAACCAAUCAGACUGAAUUCUCAAAAGCAAUCCUCUCUCAGAACCUGCCAUGGAAAACUACUGCUAUACAGGCUUUGCAGCAUCAUAACAACACAAGGCCUCAAACCUUUAGUCACAGAAUAUUUUCCCCUUCAAAACAGAAACGUGAACUAAUAUAUAAACAGGAAUUGCCAAAAAACAUAUUACAGUAGUACCUCGGGUUAAGUACUUAAUUCGUUCCAGAGGUCAGUUCUUAACCUGAAACUGUUCUUAACCUGAAGCACCACUUUAGCUAAUGGGGCCUCCGCAGGACGAUUUCUGUUCUCAUCCUGAAGCAAAGUUCUUAACCCGAGGUACUAUUUCUGGGUUAGCGGAGUCUGUAACCUGAAGCGUAUGUAACCUGAGGUCCCACUGUAAAAUUAUUUAGGUAGCUAAGUAAAUAAAGAAUUGUCUAAUUAUGUAAUAUAUCCUUGCUCAAUGCCUUUAAAAAUAUUUAAGACAUACUCCACCUUUCCUCCAAGGAGCUCAAGGUGGUGUAUAUACUUCUCAUGAACUAUCCAUAAACAGUGCCUCAGUCUUAUUUGGA